GAAUUUAGAGGACUUAUUACAGAUCUCCAAAAACGUAGUCCUGGCGUGGUAACCCCGGGAACCAACCCACCAUAGGCCCAACGGCCAGCAUUUUCUUUCGACGUCCUGCGGAACGGGGAAUUUGUACUAGCCUCUUCAACGUAUCAGAGCACCACAUCGGCGACCCUUGCUCUUCCAUGCCUAGAAUUCGACUUGGCUACUCGUAUUCCGCGGUGCCAUGACGUUGUUCUUGCUCUAAACGUUACUAUAUUUCAUUCGUGGAAACCCUAGUGUUGAGGCGAGGGGUUUUUCCUUAUCUUCUGGGUUGCUGGGCUUGGAGCGUAUUUUCUUGAUAGUACCGCUGAAAUGGAUGACGAGGGGCUUACAAAGGAAUUAUUGCAGAACCGUAUCGAGCAUCUUGAGCAUGUAAAAAUGUGGAUUUAAUAAUGCUGCAUCUUACUGGCCGUUUGAUAGGGUUAUCACCGGGGUUGAACUGGCUGAACUAUAAUAACCUUAUACUUGGAACGUGAUGAACUCAGAAAAGAUAUAGAGCAGUUAUGCAUGCAACAAGCUGGCCCUAGCUAUAUUGCAAUUGCUACUAGAAUGCAUUUUCAAAGCCUAUCAGGACUUCUGGUUUGGAGCAGGAGAUUGAGAACUUAAAAAAGAAGCUAGCUGGAUGCUUAAGAGAAAAGCAAAACAUUCAAGAGGAGCUUUCUGAAGCAUACCGGAUAAAAGCACAGCUGGCCGAAUUGCAUAAUGCAGAGGUUUUGAAGAACAAGGGAGCGGAAGACCAGCUGAAGUUUUUCCAGGGUUGCGUUGCUGCUGCAUAUUCAGAACGUGAUCACUCCUUAAUGGAAUCUGAGAAGGCUAAGGAUCGGGAGGAAUCUAUGGCAGAGAAAUUAAGCAUUUCUGAGCGAAGAUUAGAGGAGCUUGAAUCAGCAUACCACAGUGAAAAGGAACGGCAUGUUGCCUUAGAGAAUGAGCUGGGUGAAAUAAAAGAGAAAGUUGAAUCUUUUGAGAAGGUAGUUAAUAAGUUUUAUGCGAUUCGCCAGCAAGAUGUUGGACCCUCUGCAGAUCAUACAUGGCAAAGCAGGUGCUCAUGCCUUCUUGAUGAUUCUUCGGACAAGUGGAUUUUUAACAGUGAUGGAAGAUCAGCUACGUCGACUUACAUCGCCUCAUUAGAAGAAGAAAUCGAGUCACGUAAGAAAGCAAUGGAAAAGCUGCAAAACAAUUUGCGGAUGGGGCUCCAAAUUGAACAGCAUUUAAGAAGAAGUGCUGGAUUUCUUGAGAAGAAACAACAGAUGCAGUUGAUUGAAAUGUUUGAGAGUGGGUUAUCAUCACUGCGCCACAUUCAUAAUCAGCUCAGAGCGGAUGCUGUAAAAUUAUUGGAAGAAGAAGCAUCCCAUUUGGAGGCAGUGCUUCUUGAAGUACAUGAAAAAUUACUCCCAGUUUACUUGAACAGUGAGCCAAAGCAAGAAACUUUUCAGGCAGAAGGAGAACAUCUGUCUGAUGACAACGAAUGCAAGGAUGUUCACAUUACCGAUGAUGUUGUCACUGACAUUUCAUCUAAGGGAACAGAUAUGUCCGCAAGUGGUCUUUCAAGCAGAAUGCAUGAUGCAUCGGAUGCCCUUUCCCAGGCAUUACAAGAAAAAGUUGCUGCUUUACUGCUUUUGUCACAACAAGAAGAAAGGCAUUUACUGGAGAGGGAAAUGAAUGCUGCUCUUCAGCAAAAGAUGGAAGAACUUCAAAGGAACUUAUCUCAAGUUACGGUUGAAAAGAUUGAAGCUCUCAUGGAGUUAGCACAGCUGAAGCGUGAAUACCAGAUGCUACAUGACAGGCAUGUUAUGAAGUGUGAUCAUUUGUCAGCUGAUAGUUUUGAUAAAAGUACCACUUUCCGUGAACGCAUAGGGACGCUUACAAACUUUUCUAAGAAAACAUCUUGGAAGCGUUGGAUGAGCAAAGAUUAUGGUACAAGUGACAGUAAUGUUAAAGUUAGUUCUGAAAACAAUGCGACUGCCAAUGAGAACCAUUCCAUGGAUUUUGCCAGGUUAAAAGUUGAAAAUGCAGCCCUUCAAGAAAGCAUGUUGCAUUUGGAGCAUCUUACUUCUUCAAUUCACCGACUUCAUGUCUCAAUUUUAAAGGUAAGGGAUGAUUCUGCGUCGAUUGGUUACUCUGAAAGUUUGGAGUCCUUAAAAAGCAUAAUGGAAGAAGCAAACCAGGUGAAGACUGCUCUGGGUAGCUCACUCCCAGUUAGCUGGUCUGCAGACCCUACAGUUGCCGCCUUUACAUAUGAUAGUCUCUCCGAGCCGCCGGGUGGUUCGUCGGAGGAACGAAGGAGUGAUCGGGUGGUUUGCACAUCAGAAUUUGAAAUGGUGGAGCUCCUGAUUUUAGCUGCACAGUUCUUCAAGGAGAAGAUUGCCAUAAAUACUAUCUCCUGAUCGGAAUAUUUAACUGUAUAUAGUAUAGUGUCCUUUCAUCACUGAUGGUUUCUCCUUUCCGUAUGCUGUAUGAGCUGUAAAUUAUGUGUGCUGUUAAGUAGUCAAUUACGACUUCAUUUGGGACGAUUUUUUUGUUAUUUCUUAAAGCAGCUUUUUAAUACAAACACUUCAAUUUUUUACUAAAAAAUUGCUUUAAGAAGCAAUAAGAAAGCUGUCUCAAACAAAGCCUACGUUUCGAUUAUAACAAUUUUUUUAUUGCUUUCUAAAAUAAUUUUUUAAUACAAAAUUUUUUUGUACUAAAAAAUUAUUUUAAGAAACAAUAAGAAAAUUAUCCCUAACAAAAUCUUAGUAGCUCAGUCACAUGCCAUUGAAAGCAUUGGUUGUAGUUUUGUUUAGUUUUGUCUUACCUUUCUGGUUGGAUUGUAUACUGAAAGAUUGAGUCAAACAAACAUUUAAAAGAUGAAAAAUAAAAAUUCAAUUAAAGGCUACAGAUUCAUUA